CUGUGAGGGCAGUCAUGGUCACACACAAACAUGGCAGAAGUAGAAGCGUCUGUUUCUAAGGAUGAAUCGGUUUUACGAGAUUUGCAGUUUCAGUUAAAAAACGCACGCAUUAGCUUACCAAAACUAUCCACAUUGGCUCAGAAAGGCGAUGAAAUGUUGGUGGAGAAAUUUAUGACAGAGUGUGUAGAGGUUGAAGGGGAUGAUAAAGCAGUGAAACAAAGCCAACUUUACAUAGCCUCGUUUUGGGGUUUCCAUGAUGUUGUAAAAUCAUUGAUUGACAGUGGAGCUGAUGUAAAUAAACAAAAUAAUGGAACACUGUGGACACCCUUACAUGCUGCAACAUUCCAAGAACAUGGCAAGGUUGUCAUGUUGUUAUUGGAGCGUGGUGCUCAGGCUGAAUUACCAGAUGCAGAGGGCAGGACUCCUGCUGAUUUUGGCUCUGCUUCUGAUAAGAUCUGGGCUCACUUUGCUUCAGUCGGUUGUCACAAAACUUCACGCCAGAAUUUAGUUCAAAAGCAAAUUAUCAAAGAGGGUGGUGCAACAGAUGCUGGAAACAAGCAAGGCCUAGGCUCUUCUUCACUUGGAAUUGGAGUAAAAAUGGCUGCUUUACUGGAACCAGAUUUCAUGGUUGACAGACAAGACUCAUUCUCAAGGAGAAAUAAAAGAACAAAUCAGGAUUCAUCUCAAAUGUACGCAGCUUUGGGAGGAGACGUAUUGGCUGGUGAAUCGGACCAAGGGUCAUCAGCAAAUGCCAAUGGGACACAACCGUCAUUCUCAGUUUGGAGAAACUGAUGAGGACGAUGGCUGGGGGGGGGGGGGUUGUGACGAUAUAGACAACAACAGCAUGACACCAAGUUUCAUUAGAGGGUCUACUCCACUACUUAACCAGUGUGGCUUCCCUAAUAAUUUGACAUGAAAAUUUAGGUUCCACAAAGAUAAAAGAACUUGAGUGAAGAGCAUUAUAUUAUAUAAAUUAUUUGUAUUUUAUUUUAUGUAUUAUAUGCAGUCUUAGAGAUGUAAAAGUUUGGCAAAGGGUGUGGCUUCCCUAAUAAUAGUAGAUUUGCAGAAUGGCUCAUACUUGCAUGUCAUGUGACUUUUUAAGUACUGUAUAUAAAUUUGACAUGGAAAUUUAGGUUCCACAAAGAUAAAAGAACUUGAGUGAAGAGCAUUGUAUUAUAUAAAUUAUUUGUAUUUUAUUGUAUGUGUUAUAUGCAGUCUUAGAGAUGUAAAAGUGUAAAAUACUGUAAUUUAGAAAGCAAAUUUAUCAACUAAAUGCUUUACUUCUGUACAGCAUUAAUUGAGUUGAUCAUUAUCAAUAACACUUCAAAUUGUGAAAUUUACAUAAACUUUAAAAUGUAAACAGUUCUAAGAUAGUAUAAUACUUCAACAUUAAUUAUGUCAUCAUCAGGAAUGAAAAAAAUAUCCAUAUUUGCAAGCUUAUAUGCACAAGUACCAAUCAAAACAUUACCUCUAGUAGGUGACAUAGCUAUGGAUAAACUAAAGAUCUGUUACACAAGUUUAAUAUAGAAUUAUGCGAUGAAAACAAUGUAGUACAGUAGUAAAUUACAAGUGUAAGCAAUCAUUGUCAGUCUAGUAGCACAAAUAAAUGAGCUAAAAGAAUGAGAAAGUAGGAACCCAACAAUAGCUAAUUACCAUAUGCAAUAGAUAAUUACCAUAUGCAUUAAAUUGUUGUAGGUUCUGUAAUACUACAGUAGGGAGUCUGGGCAAAUAGACCUACCUAGUAGUAGUAACUUGUGGUUCUGAGUAGUGGUGCGAUUCUGGUUGCAAUGAGUGUAGUCAAUUGGCAAGGUUGACAUAAGUUUAGCUAGUUUUUGAAUUGUCCAAUACAUGUGCAAUAAUAUGCAUGGAAUAUUUUGUUGAAUAAACAAGUAUUUUGCCUGAAAAGUA